AUGAGCUCUACUUGUCUGAACGAUGACUCCCUGGGACCCGGCGUCCAGGGGUGUCGCGGCGACUUUGACUUUACUCAGAAAUUCGAGCGCAUCUUCUUCUCGAUUAUACCGACUGUCGUGUUCAUCGCAGCGACUUUUGCCCGCAUAGCUGUUUUAUCGCAGCGGGAACGAAUUGUCGGCGGUAUUAUGAUUCAAUCGGUCAAGAUUGCAUUUCUCGCUGUGUAUGCAAUUACCCAGCUUGGCGUGCUGGUCCUCAUCGCGACGGGAACUCCAAGCAUAGUUCAUGGUCUGUCACUCACUGGAUCAGCUCUCGUAUUCGCCGCAUCGGUCUUGGCCAUCGCAUUAUCGUACAAAGAGCACUCGUGUGCUCGACGACCAUCGACGUUACUCAAUGUCUACAUAUUCAUCACACUUCUAUUUGACAUUGUCUCAGCCCGGACGGCAUGGCUUUCUAUCACCACAGCGCAUCAAACCACCCAAGCCCGUCUGUUCACUGCCUCUGUCGUUAUCAAGGCUGUUAUCCUCUGCCUUGAAACGAUUCCCAAGACAAGAUGGAUCUGCUGGAAUGCUGAUGAGCACAGCCCUGAGGAAUCAAGCAGCGUCUUCAGCCUUGGUGUAUUCGCAUGGUUGAAUAGACUAUUUCUCAGAGGAUACCGAGGUGUAUUGUCUGUAGAUACUCUAUACCCGCUGGACGAGACUAUGGCAUCUAACAGAUUGCAUGAUCGCUUUGCGAGAAACAUCAGAACUCAUCGAUACAAUCAAGAGCCUAAGUCAGGACUAUUGAAGGAUUUGAGCAAAACACUCGUAGGACCAUUCCUCUUACCAAUUGCUCCUCGCGCCGCUCUCAUUGCCUUCAAAUUCUGUCAACCCUUUUUCAUCGAUUCGACUCUCGCAUUUCUCCAGUUACCCGAAACUCCAAAAACCAGGAGCAUGGGCUACGGCUUGAUCGGUGCUGCGUUCCUUGUAUAUGCCGGCAUUGGUGUCUCUUCAGCGUUCUACGGUUACUACCGACAAAAAGCCAUUUAUACCAUUCGAGGUUGUCUAGUCGCUGCUAUAUACCAUAAAACAACACAAAUGAAGAUCACAGCUGCUGAUGACUCUGCCGCCCUCACCCUUAUGAGCUCUGACGUUGAGCGUAUACUCAGUGGCGCCACGAAUGCUCAUGAACUUUGGGCCAAUGUUUUGGAGGUAGCCAUUGGGUGCUGGCUUCUUUACGGAAAGCUUGGUCUGGCAUUUAUCUCCCCCCUAAUAGUCAUUGCUGUUUGUGCAAUCUUCCUGUCCUGGGUGAUGGCACUCGUCGAUAAGAGGCAGAGCGGAUGGAUGGCGAGGAUCCAGAAUCGAGUGGGGUUAACGGCGAAUGCAAUCUCACAGAUGAAGCUGUAUAAGAUCUCGGGUAUCGCCGAGCCAGUGGCUGAUCUGAUACAAACUCUUCGCGUUGGGGAGAUCGAGGUUGGCAACAGCUUCCGUUGGUUGCUGAUCCUCGCUGCAGUGCUGGGUUUCACACCACUUUGGAUCUCGCCAGUUGUGACUUUCGCUUUCACCUCGAGAGACUUAACUGUGAACACGCUCUUCACGUCACUGUCAUACAUAUUUCUCUUCACGUCGCCUAUCAUUGCUCUCUUCCAGAACCUCCCUGGCAUUGCUGCUGCUCUAACAUGCACAGCCCGUGUGCAGAGAUUCCUCGCUGCCGAACCUCGCAAUGACUUUCGGAGCCAUCACUCUACGUCUCUUUCUGAAAAGGCCUCUCCGACCCCAGACAGUGCAGACCAGCUAGCUUUCUCGAUUGAGGAUGGCUGUUUUGGAUGGGGAGGGGAGAAGGUGACACUAAGCCAGAUCAAAGCUUUCAUCCCGGCUCACAAACUCACCAUCGUCGUCGGCGAAGUUGCUUCUGGUAAAACAACUCUAUGCAAGGCUUUGCUGGGUGAAUUGCCCGUGUCUUCGGGCACCAUCCAGACAUUUGUACCAUCACAUCGCAUUGGUUACUGUGAACAAACUCCUUUUCUCUACAAUGCCACUUUUCAGGAGAAUAUUGUCGGCCACUGCGAUUUCGACCAGGUGAAAUACGACGAAAUCGUUGAUGCCACAAUGCUCACUCCAGACGUUGCACUUUUACCACAGGGUCAUGAUACCAAAAUUGGCAGCAAUGGCAUCAUGCUUAGUGGUGGCCAGAAGCAGCGUCUUUCCGUUGCACGUGCUCUAUACUCAGAAGCGAGUUUGAUGAUUUUUGAUGAUAUCCUCAGCGGUUUAGACUUGGAAACCGAAUCAGAGCUCUUUCGGCGCGUGUUUGGUCCUGGAGGCAUCACACGUCAAAGAAACGCUACAGUUGUUAUAUGUACUCACUCCGUCCGGCACUUGCCUUUAGCAGAUCAUAUCAUUGCUCUCGGCAAUGGCACGGUCAUUGAGCAGGGGAUUUUCUCAGAUCUGAUGAAGAACAACAAGUAUGUGCACAGUCUUGGAGUCAAGCACAAGGAUGCAGAUUCUUCCUCAGACGACGAAAAGUCUGAGACACGAGUUAAUGCUGGUGUUGCUGCUCCGGCCGCAAUAAUCCCUCUUGAUGUCCAGACAGCAGAGGACAGGGCAAGACAACAGGGUGAUUUAUCCAUCUACAAGCAUUACUUCAAGAGUGUCGGCUUCUGGGCAGUUAUCGCUAUGGCUGCUUCGGGCAUUCUAGCAGGCGCUUGCAACAGCCUCUCCGCUAUCUGGAUGAAAUUCUGGGCUGAGGAUACCUUUGAUAGAUCUUUCACUUUCUACAUAGGCAUCUACGGUCUCUUAAGAUCCGGUUACAUCGUAUUCUUGUUAUUCGACGGUGUGGUCUGCUUGAUCGGCAUGACUGCCUCUGCUGGGACCGAGCUUCACCAACGAGCGAUCCAUACUGUUAUUGCUGCACCGUUGAGGUUCUUUACUAAGACUGACACUGGCAUCGUCACGAAUCUAUUCUCGCAAGAUAUGACCCUCCUUGACAAUGACCUGCCUCUAGCUCUCGUCAACUUUUCCUUAGAUGCUUCGAAUACUGUCGGGUCAGCGUUCGUAGUCGCAUCUGCAUCACCGUACCUUGCCGCUGGGUAUCCCUUCUUGAUAGGAGUUCUUUAUCUUAUUCAGAAGUUCUAUUUACGGACUUCGCGACAACUUCGACUCCUCGAUCUUGAAGCAAAAAGCCCAUUAUAUACACACUUUACCGACACCAUGAAAGGUAUCGCGACUAUCAGAGCAUUUGGCUGGCAAGAACAAGACAUGUCGAAAAGCUUCCAACUCCUGGAUACCUCUCAACGACCAGCCUACCUUUUGGCAAUGAUCCAACAAUGGCUCGCAAGUUCGCUUCAUUUUCUUGUAGCAGGCAUUGCUGUCCUACUCGUUGCGUUGUCAACUCAACUUCGAACUAAUGCAGGCUUGACUGGUGCUAGUCUGAUCUCUCUUCUGACGUUGAGUGAAACUUUGUCGUUUCUCAUCCAAAGCUACACGUCCCUUGAGACGUCACUUGGGGCCGUGAGCCGCUUGAGGUCUUUCAGCGAGACUGUUGAAACGGAAAAUAUGCCUGGGGAAGAUAUAGAGCCACCCGAGACCUGGCCCCGAAAUGGAAGUAUUCAAAUCAGCAAAGUGUCUGCUUCUUAUGACUACGAUUCUAAUACUCAGGAUGAGGUCGCUUGUAAUCUCGUGCUGCGGGACCUGGAACUGGAUAUUCUACCGGGGCAAAAGGUCGCCAUUUGCGGCCGCACAGGAAGUGGAAAAUCCACUCUGAUCUUGCUCCUCCUCCGCCUUCUCGAUCCUCUCCCUUCAUGCGCGGCAAAUAUGAAGAUUGAUGAUAUCUAUCUGCAUCGGAUCGAUCGCGCUACCCUGCGUAAACGCGUCAUUUGCAUCCCCCAAGACGCAGUCUUCCUUCCCGACGGCAGCUCGGUCAAAGCCAACAUCGACCCUUACAACGCCGCCACCGAUGUGGAAUGCUUCGAUGCUCUCAACACGGUGCGACUGUCCGGCUUCGUUCGAGACAAAGGCAGUCUAAGCGUCGGCAUGAGCGCGGACGAUCUCAGUGCGGGACAAAAGCAGCUCUUCAGUCUUGGUCGAGCAAUCCUGCGACGUAGAGUCCGCGAUCGACUCGCUGGGGGAGAGAAGCAGGGCGGACUGCUUCUUCUGGAUGAGGUGAGCAGUAGUGUUGACAAGGUGACGGAUAGGGCGAUGCAGGAGAUUAUCCGCGAUGAGUUUGAAAAUUACACUAUUGUCAUAGUGUCUCAUCGGCUUGAAAUGGUCAUGGACUUCUUUGAUAGAGUCGUUGUGCUUGACCGUGGUACUGUUGUAGAGUCUGGUGGACCGAGGGAACUUGUUGAGAUAUCAGGGAGUCGUUUCGGUGAACUCUGGGCUGUUGAGCAUGAUGAGAAGUCGGAAUAG